CUUGAAAUCUCAUUAAUUUUCGGACAUCUUGAAGUUUCCUCGCAUAGAAAAUCCGAUCCCACAAUUCCAGAAAGAAUACGUAAAGAAAAUUAAGAAAAUUCCAGGAUUCUGCAUAUCGAAUAAUUUCCAUUUAAAGCCCGGAAUUCCGUUUAUUUUCUUAAACCAUUAUUGAUGGCCUCUGUGUCAGUUUCUUUCGUCUCAAUUUUCGAAAAUUUCUGAUCUGAAUUCCGUGACUUCUCCUUAUUUUUACGAACAAAGCAAACAGGAAAGAUGAAGGUGCUGAAAUCCCAGGUGUGGCAGCCUUGCAAGAAGAAGAGGCUUUAGAACAGAAUCUUCCCAAACAAGAAAACCUAGAAAGGGAGAGUUUUUAGCGUAAAGAGUGGAAGGGACACAGGGAAAAAGGCUAGCAGAAAAUGGAUGGGAUUUGUAUUGGAAAUUUCUUGUAGAUAGAUAGGGUUAUGGCAUCGCGAGGGGGUGGAAUUGGGAGGACGAGAGUGGGGCGGUAUGAACUGGGGAGAACGCUCGGGGAAGGAACGUUUGCAAAGGUAAAAUUUGCGAGAAACGUAACAACAGGUGAGGAUGUGGCUAUCAAGAUUCUUGAUAAAGAAAAGGUUCUCAAACACAAGAUGAUCAGCCAGAUUAAACGUGAAAUCUCAACCAUGAAAUUAAUCAGGCACCCAAAUGUCAUCCGCAUGUACGAGGUUAUGGCCAGCAAAACGAAGAUAUAUAUUGUUAUGGAAUUCGUAACGGGAGGCGAACUCUUCGACAAAAUUGCUAGCAGAGGGAGGCUGAAAGAAGAUGAAGCAAGAAAAUAUUUUCAGCAGCUAAUUAAUGCAGUAGAUUACUGCCAUAGCAGGGGCGUUUACCAUAGGGACCUUAAGCCUGAGAAUUUAUUAAUGGAUGCCAAGGGAGUUCUUAAAGUUUUAGAUUUCGGAUUGAGUGCUGUAUCUCAGCAAGUCCGGGAAGAUGGGUUACUUCACACAUCAUGUGGAACGCCAAAUUAUGUCGCUCCUGAGGUGAUCAACAAUAAGGGUUAUGAUGGAGCUAAGGCAGAUCUCUGGUCAUGUGGUGUUAUCCUAUUUGUCCUUAUGGCUGGUUAUUUGCCUUUUGAAGAGUCGAACCUCAGUGCAUUAUACAAAAAGAUAAAUAAAGCCGAGUUUUCAUGUGCUCCGUGGUUUUCCUCUGGUGCGAAGAAAUUGAUCAAAAGAAUUCUGGAUCCCAACCCAUCAACACGCAUCACAAUUUCUGAGGUUCUUGAGAAUGAUUGGUUCAAGAAAGGAUAUCAGGCACCUAUUUUUGAACAAGAGGAUGUUAGUCUUGAUGAUGUGAAUGCCAUCUUUAGUGAAUCUACCGACUGUCCAAGCCUUGUUGUGGAGAGGAGGGAGGAAAAGCCAGCUGCCACGCCAGUGACUAUGAAUGCCUUUGAGCUUAUCUCUAAAUCCCAGGGUCUCAAUCUGAGUUCUCUCUUUGAAAAGCAAAUGGGGCCUGUUAAGCGAGAAACGAGAUUCACAUCCAAAUGUCCUGCAAAUGAGAUUAUCUCAAAAAUUGAACAAACUGUGUUGCCUUUGGGGUUCGAUGUGAAGAAAAAUAAUUACAAGUUGAAACUUCUAGGGGAAAAGUUGGGACGUAAAGGUCAUCUAUCAGUUGCAACGGAGAUCCUAGAGGUGGCUCCUUCACUUCAUAUGGUCGAGCUCCGUAAGGCCGGAGGAGAUACCUUGGAAUUUCACAAGUUCUACAAGAACCUCUCGAUUGGAUUGAAAGAUAUUGUUUGGACAUAUGGUGAUGAAGCUAAAGAUGAAGUGAACAAUGGUACCGCGGCAUCUUGAUCCGGGCCUAGAACUCGUAGAAGUUUUAAAUAAUUGUUCAAUUUGUAUCAUGAAAUACUUCAUCCCUUUGUUUUAUGAAGUGAUAUGUACUCUGUUGAAUUUAAAGGUUCACUGUGAAUUAGACUGAUAUUGUGUUGUUUACCCCUGAAUGAUUUCCCAUAUAAAAUUGGAUGCAUCUUUGAAAUAUAUCUUUUGGUGCUCAGGAAGGUCCUAUUUGGGCCUUUCAAAUUUGUAAU